ACGGCAGUGCUGCACAAACACUGUGAGGAAAGGGCACCAAUGAAGGAACUCUGUGUUUCAGCGAUAGUACUGCUCUUUGUCAUUGCAGCUGCAGACUUUGCUACUGCAGAUGGUUACUGCCGCUACAAGAGAUGCAGAAGUGGAGAAGUUUUUGACUACAGCAAAUGUGCUUGCAAGCCAGCCACCACCCAGUGUCGCACAAACCUGAGAUGCCGUGGAGGAAAGGUCCUCAACAGGGCAACCUGCAAGUGCGAGUGCUCAAACAGAAUCCAGUGUGCAGCACCAAAAGAGCUGAAUCCUUCUACCUGUCGAUGCGAGGGAGGAAUACCCCAAGUCUCUUGUAAGAGUGACCAGUUUUACAACACCAGGACACGUCGCUGCGAGUGUAAAAAGAAGAACUGCCAAAGGAAUCAGAAACAGAACAGCCAAACCUGCGACUGUCAGUGUUCCUCCACUUCCAGAUGCAAGGUGGGGUACGUCUUCAACAAGGACAGCUGUAGCUGUGUGUGCCAGAGAAAGAGCUGCCCAAGCAGUCAGGUGUUUGACUCGAGAUCGUGUGGGUGUGUCUGCAAGGAAAAGUCAUGUCCCAGAAACCAGAACUUUAACUCUCGCACAUGUCAAUGUGAGUGUGCCAACAGGCCACAAUGUAGCCGAUUUCAAGACUUCAACCCUCGGACAUGUCAGUGUGAAUGUGAACAGAGGCAG